AUGGAGCGGACACGGAUUAACUUCUCCCCUCUCCGAGUGUCCUCAUCUCCUGCUCGUCGCAUUCUUAGCGACAUCGUCUUUUUUUCAGGAGGACGAGGAGGUUCGGCGGUGUUCAGGCCGGUGCUGCUCAUGGCGCAACGUAGCGCUGGUGUCAACCUUCUAUCACCUUUGGCAAAAUUAGGACAAAGUCGUGACUUAGCUGCGGACAUUAAGGCAGGUCGCCAUCGCAACAACAAAGAAGUUAUCGCCUCUUUUGAGAAAAUACAAACGUUCGAUGAGAUUCACUACCGAAAGUCCGACCGGCCAUGGGAACUCGUGCCUCGCUAUGCGAAAAAGCGUGUAAGUGAUUUGUGUGGCUUGCUUUCAAGCGAGGACCGAAUGGAGAUCGAGCAGGCCAUUGACAAAAUGCAAUCUCUGUGUGAGGUGGACAUGUAUGUUGUGCUUGUUCCCACAGUUGGUUAUACCACGCCGAGAGCCUUUGCUAAUUCCAUACUGUUUGAUUGGGGAAUCGGAGAGCCGCGUGGAAAUGGCUUGUUGCUGUUGAUUGCGCAGAGCGAGGCAAGCGUCCAACUCGUGACUAGUCCUGCCAUCGAGGAGUAUUUUGCAGAGCACUUUCUCCAGGCAGCAGUCAAGGAAAUAUUUCAACCACUCGUACGAGAGGGAAAAGCCAGUUAUGCCGUGGUACAGCUUGUGUAUGCCAUCGCCCGUCAAGCUCAGGAAAUGCACACGCUGUGGAACAGGGGAUUUCUGGCGUUGCCCACACGAAACAAAGUGCGGUUUGCUGCGAAAACCGCUGCAUACGGCGUGACAUCAGUUCCGUACCUCCUAAUCGGCAUCAUAUUCUUCGGUCUCUGCUCAACGGUGCUUGUGAAUCAAAUCAUCGACACCAUGUGCCCAACUUGCUACGGCUCGAUGCACCGUGUCAGGGACGACGCCACCCUUCAAUCAAUCAUGACUCGUGGACAGUACCUGGAGUUCAGCAACGGUUGCGCGCAUUACCGUGUGUGGAAAUGCCCACGCUGCGCUGACAGCUCCCGCGUGACACUGACAUCACGUGACCUGCACCAAAGCACCAGGUGUUUGCAAUGCAUGGACUGUAAUUAUUACACCUGCACACUAACGAAGGAAGUGCAGAAACUUCCAACAAAGGAAGAGGACGGGCUGAAGCAGUUGCUGUACACAUGCGAGAAUUGUAGGAUUGGAAGGGAGGUGCUGCUUCCAUUACUUCGACCUAUUGACACCACCUCAGAGGCGAACUGGUAUGACUUUCUUAUUGACCGUGCGAGCACACACAAGAAGACCGGAAUAAAGCUGUAG